UACGUUGCGUUCAGUGCGAGCUACAUUUAGAUCAGCUGUAUCUUCGGUGGGGAUGAAUACUUUUUGAUGCGAUUAAAACUGACUGCCAAAGAAAUAGAAAACUACUAGCUUCAUCCCUGUUACCACGGGCUUUCUAGUAUUAUAUAAUUUAAUAUUUGCUUUUUAAAUGAGAUCAAAUUGUAUUGAAGACUCAACCUUCACCUUUAUCGACAAAGAUUCCAACUCACAGCUUCUCUCCGACCCAAAAAUAAAAAGAUUUACCUUUAAAUCUUUCAACUUUUUGGAUUCCCAGACUGCAACAUAUGGUCAUGCAGUUGUCAAAGUCUGCAGUGUCUCGGAUAGCAGUUUUGGCUGCACAGAUUUGUGCUCCAACAGCAGACGGAAGAGGUCCGUAGACGGAAAAACUGAACUGAACGACCAACAAUUCCAUGUCUAUCAGGGACCAAUGGUAGCUGGUGACCCCAUUGAAACCAGAGGUUCGGGAGUGAAAUUACUAGGAUGUGAAAUAUGGACUAUAUUCAUCCUGCUGCACCUGCUGUAAAAUAUCAGAAGCUAGCUCCCGGAUAUUUUAGUGAACUAACACUAUAGCUGUGGAGUGUGGACAGUUUAUUCUAAAAAUGACUAGGGACCUAUGUUUAUUUCUUUUUAGCUAAUUAUUAUAAAUAUGAAGACACUCUAAUUCGAAUUUCUUAAACUUUAGACCAUUAUUUUUUGCCAUAAAACCCACGAUUUUAGAAACAUGAUUU